AGUUAGAACAUAGAUAAGAAAACACUUCUGUAUGCUUUACAGCAUUUAUGUUAAUUGCAUGAGAUAAGUUAGUCGUUUGUAAACAAACUGUUAUUUUCACUUUAAUAAAGUAAAUUAAUUAGAAUGUCUAGUAAAGUAAUUAAAAUUGAGAAAAGAAAAGAAAGAAGGAGUGACGAUGAAGAUGAACCUAAAAAGUAUAGGAAAAAAGAAAGUGGAAACCGUCGUUCAAGAGAUAGAUCUAGUGAUAGAUAUCAUAGGAGUAAAUAUGAUGAUGCAAAAAUCGGCGAUCCGUAUUAUUCGGGUGGUGGUGUGUCAACUAGAGAUAGAGAUCGUUACCAUCGUAGACAUAGAAGUAGAGAUCGUCAUGAAAAAGAAAAUAGAUCAAAAAAUGAUAACAAUGAAAAUAAAGAGAAAAUUGGGGCAUCAUAUUAUUCCGGUAAGAUAGUUGAUGAAAAUCUAAGCGAAGGUGAGAUUAAAAAUAGUGAUGAAAAAAUUGGGAAGAGAUACUAUUCCAGAAAAACUCCCGAUGUUCAAAGAGAAAAUAGUGAAAGUUAUUGGAAUAAAUAUGGCAAAAAAGAUGAAAAUAAAGAAAUAAUUCCUCAGAGUCAAAAAAAAACUGUUGACUUGUUAACUUCUAAAACUGGAGGUGCAUAUAUUCCACCAGCAAAACUUAGGUUGAUGCAAGAAAGUAUUACUGAUAAGUCAAGUGCUGCGUACCAAAGAAUAGCUUGGGAAGCAUUAAAGAAAUCAAUCCAUGGUUUAACAAACAAAAUAAAUGUGGAUAAUAUUGGUAAAGUCACACGAGAUUUAUUACGCGAGAAUGUUGUACGUGGUCGUGGUUUAUUAUGCAGAUCUAUCAUGCAAGCACAAUUAGCUUCUACAACUUAUACUCAUGUAUAUGCUGCUCUGGUUGCUAUAAUAAAUACAAAGUUUCCAAAUAUUGGUGAAUUACUUUUGACUAGAUGUAUUAUACAAUUUAAAAGAUCAUUUCGAAGGAAUGAAAAGUUGCCUUGCAUUGCUUCUGUUACAUUUAUAGCUCAUUUAAUAAAUCAAGCUGUGGCCCACGAAAUUUUAGCAUUGGAAUUAUUAACAUUAUUUGUUGAGUCACCUACAGAAGAUUCUAUAGAAGUAGCUGUUGCUUUUUUGAAAGAAUGUGGUCAAAAAUUAAGUCAAGUCAGCAAAAAAGGCAUAAGUGCUAUUUUUGAUAUGUUACGUAAUAUAUUACAUGAUGGAAAACUAGAUAAAAGAGUACAAUAUAUGAUUGAAGUAAUGUUUCAAAUACGAAAAGAUGGGUUCAAAGAUCAUCCAGCUAUAAUUGAGCAACUUGAUUUAGUACCUGAAGAAGAUCAGUACACUCAUUUGUUAACAUUAGAUGCUGCUAAAGACACUCAAGAUAUUUUAAAUGUCUACAAGUUUGAUCCAGAUUAUGAGGCUAAUGAGGAGCGAUAUAAAUCAUUAAGAACAGAAAUAUUAGGAUCUGAUGAUGAGAAUGAAAGUGGUUCUGAUGCUGAUGAAGAGAACGAUGAAGAAAGUGAUGAUGAAGAUGGUGAUGAAGAUAAAGAAAAAAAUGACAAAGUUAUUAUUGAUAACACUGAAACCAACAUGAUUGCUUUGAGAAAAACUAUAUAUUUGACUAUACAUUCAUCAUUGGACUAUGAAGAAUGUGCCCAUAAACUUAUGAAAAUGCAAUUGAAGCCUGGGCAAGAGAUGGAAAUGUGUCACAUGUUUUUGGAUUGUUGUGGUGAACAAAGAACUUAUGAAAAAUUUUUUGGACUUUUGGCACAAAGAUUUUGUCAAAUCAAUAAUAUGUUUAUUGAACCACUGGAAAAAAUUUUUAUUGAUAGUUAUGCCACUGUACAUCGAUUAGAAACAAAUAAAUUGCGUAAUGUGGCACGAUUUUUUGCACAUUUAUUAUUUACUGAUUCAAUAUCUUGGUCUGUUUUGUCUACAAUACAUCUUAAUGAAGAUGAAACAACAUCAUCUAGUAGAAUUUACAUCAAAAUAUUAUUUCAAGAAUUAGCUGAGCAUAUGGGACUUAAUAAACUUAAUGCUAGAAUACAAGAUAAAGAAUUGCAACAAGCAUUUGAGGGGAUUUUUCCAAGGAAUAAUCCUAAGCAUACUAGAUUCUCAAUUAAUUUUUUCACUUCAAUAGGUUUAGGAGGUCUGACUGAUGAAUUAAGAGACUUUCUUAAAACUCAACCAAAACAACUGCCAGCCGUUGCCAAAGUUGUUGAUGCAUUGUCAGAAACUAGUGAUAGUUCUAGCAGUAGUAGUAGUAGUAGUAGCAGUAGCUCUAGUAGUAGUAGCAGCUCUAGCAGCAGUGAAAGUUCAAGUUCUAAUAAUAGUUCCAAAAAAAACAAGAAAAAGAUAACAAAAAAAAGCACUAAAAAAUGAAAGAAAGAUUAGAUUAAAAUACUGAAUGUGUAUAUAAAAUGAAAUACAAUAUGAAACCAACCUUAAUAUUUUAAUAAAUGAUUUAUUUUGUACUAUAAA